GUGAAUGAGAUGAUAAAAGGAGCAGCGGAAGUUGAGGAGGCGGGAUUCGAACUCGCACCGCCCUUUUCGCUGUCACCAACCAGCAUGAGCGCGGCGCCACGGCCCGUCCUGCUGGGGGUCCGAGACGCGGCGGUGGAGGAGGGCAGCCGCUGCUCCUGGGACACCAGCAAGGCAGGAGGGCGAGCGGACAGGGUCCCUGGCGUUACCCUGGAAUGUCCUCACUGCUGUCUCUGCACUGACCUCCUGGCUCACCUGGUACAGAUAUACUGCCCCUUGGAGGGGUCACCCUACCAUCGGACCCUCAAUGUGUGGGCUUGCCUCCAGCCUGGCUGCUGGGGCAGGAGUGAGAGCUGGAAGGUUCUGCGCUCCCAGUGUAAGGAGACCGUGUGUCGCCAGAAAGCAGCAGAGCUGAAGAACAUUCUGGACAGGAUAACGUUGCUGCCUGUUCACCCACAGACAAAGCCGGCUGGUGUCCCGACAGACUGGUGUGAGAGUGCAGAUGACUGGGGUGUCGAAGACAUGGCUGCAGCGGGCUUCCUGUGUCCUGGGGUGUCUGGGAGCCCAUCACUUGAGCCUGAUGCAGACACAGACAAGCAGACGGGCCGGCUGCAGAGGCUGAGUCUGCGGGAGGAGGCCGAGGGGGACUCGGUGCUCCCAGCUGGACUGGUGCCCAGGUUCCAGCCAUUCUACAUCGCAGUGCUGGAGGAGAAUCUGGUGGAGCGCCCUUCCCUCGCCCAUGAAGAGGAACUCCUCCGCGAGUACCAGGGGAAGGGGGGAGAGAUUCUGGGGCAGAUCCCUCCUGCCAGUGGAGGAGAUGGUGCUGUCUCAGAGGCCUACGAGAAGGGAGUAGUCCGACACGGAGACACGGCGUUUGUCAAAUUCAUGAAGCAAAUUGCCAGCUGUCCUGAGCAGAUUUUACGGUAUUCUUGGAGUGGCCAGCCAUUACUGAUAUCCCCUCUCCCAGUUGGAAAGGACUGGGACAUUCCCGCCUGUGAGAACUGUGGUGGCCGCAGAGUCUUUGAGUUCCAGCUGAUGCCGACCCUGGUUAGUCUCUUGAGGAGCACAGACGACAAAGAGGUGAGCGUGGAGUUUGGGACGGUGUUGGUGUUCACCUGUGAGACAAGUUGCUGGUCUUCGGGUAACCAGAGGCCAAUGGAGGAAUGUGCCGUGGUGCAGGGGGAUCCAGAUGCUGCCUUCUUCAGUUAACCCACUAUCAACUCGUACUAAAUAAAAAUAUGAAGUUGCCUUUGAAAGUGCCACCUUGCCUUGGCCAUUUUCUGACCGACCCUGACUGCCCACAGUACAGGCCCUUCAGCCCAACUUGCCCAUGUCAGCCUGAGCUAGUCCCAUUCCCUGCAUUUCGCCCAUAUCCCUUGAAACCAGGGCUUCUCAACCUUUUUUAUACCGUGUACCAAUACCAUUCAGCAAGGACACCAGGUAGGGAACCCUUGCUGUGAACCUGGUGGCAGAAACUGAUACAGUGGAGUUGUUUAAGAGACUCUUGGGUAGAUGUAUGAAAAACCAGGGUAUGGGCUGCAUUGGAGGGAAGGGUUAGAUUAAUUGUGGAGUAGGUCUAUAUAGAUCAGCACAACAUCAUAGAGUCAGUAUCAUAGAAUGCAACACCACUGAAACUGGCCUUUUGGCCCAUCCAGUCUAUGCCAAACUAUUUAUCUGACUAGUCCAAUAGACCUGCACCUGGACCAUAGCCCUCCAUACAUCUCCCAUCCAUGUACCUAUUCAAACUUCUCUUAAAUGUUCAAAUAUACCCAGCAUUCACCAUUGUGCUGGCAGCUCAUUCCACACUCUCACCACCCCAAGUGAAAUAGUUCCCUCAUGUUCCCCUUAACAUUUUACCUUUCACCCUUAACCUAUAACCUUUGGAAACAGCCUGCUUACAUUUACCCUACUUAUAAUUUUGUGUACCCCUAUCAAAUUUCCCCUCAUUCUCCUACACUUCAGGGAAUAAAGUCCUAACCUAUUGAACCUUUCCUUAUAACUCAGGUCCAUAAGCCCUGGCAAAAAUUUUGUAAAUUUUCUCUGCACUCUUUCAAUCUUAUUUAAAUCUUUCCUGUAGGUAAGUGACCCGAAUUGCACACAAUACUCCAAAUAUGGCCUCAUAAAUGUCUUGCACAACUUCAACAUUACAUCCCAACUCUUGUACUCAGUCUAUAAUUCUAUGACCUGUCCAAAUAUCCCUUGAAUAUUCGUAUGGCACGGAAGCGUAAUGUUUAGCAUAACAUUACAGCGCCAGCGAUUACCAAUUGGGGUUUCUCACCACUUUACCCCACAACCAUGAGGGUUUCCUCCCACAUUCCAAAAGUGAAUGAAUUAGGUGGUUAAUUGGGUGUAAUUGUGCUUGUUGAGCUGGAAGGCCUUUUACUGUCUGUAUCUCUAAAUAAAUAUGUUAUCUAGCAUGUCAAGACAACCUUUAAAAUCAACAGUGUCAGCAAAGCCGACCUAAUAAAUACCAAUUACCUUUCUGGCUCUCAGCUUCACCCCACCCUUCCGGUCUUCUAUCAUUUCACAUUUUCCCCUCCCCCUCCUACUUUCAAAUCUCUAUCUUUCCUUUCAGUUAGUCCCGAUGAAGGGUCUCGGCCCGAAACGUUCACAGCG